ACUUAAGGCUAGAAAGACAGACAAACGGUAGCUCUGAAAUUGCGUUUCAUUAAAGAUUUUAUCCAUAUAUUUUUCUGUACGGUGCAAAAAUGAAGUUCGGUUGUUUGUUCGCGGUGUUGUGCCUCGCCGUCGGGGCGAUGGCAGGAAAGUAUUCUCGAGAAAUGAACGACCAGAAACCGUCUAUGGACGGCAAGAGCACGGUGGAAUUUAGGAUAGCUAAACUCAACCAGGUGUGGGAGAAAGCAAUCAGGAUGCAGUUACCCCCAGUACGUCAAGCAGAGCUCCACAGUGAUCUGAAGAUCCAGGAGAAAGAUGAACUACAGUGGAAGAAGAUAAAGGCAGAAGGGAUGGAUGAGAAUGGAGAGAGAGAGGCCAAGCUACGACGUGGCUUCAACGUGAUCCUGGCUAAGUAUGGGAUGGAUGGGAAGAAGGAUACCAGACCUCUAGAAUCUAACAACCUGAAGGACCAUGACAGCAGAGGAGGAGACAUGUUUGAUGACCCUAGACUGGACAAACUGUGGAAUAAGGCUAAGAUUUCUGGUAAGUUCUCCGAGGAGGAGAUGCAGAGUCUGAAGAGAGAGUUCCAACACCACAAGGACAAGAUCAGCGAGUAUAACAUCGUCAUGGAUACCGUCAGCCGCACAGAGGAGAUCCAUAAGAAUGUGAUCUCUCCAUUAGAAGGGGAAGUUAAAGAACACGUCCUGCAUCAGAAACACACAGACCUGAAGGACAAGAUGAGGGAUCUGAACCAGGGCUUCGAACGCCUGAGGAAACUCAGCCACGAGGGCUUCAGUGAGGACAGUGAGUUUAAAGAGCCCAGGGUGAUAGAGCUGUGGGAGAUGGCACGGAGAGCCAACCUGACUGAAGAUGAACUGGACUCGCUCAAGGAGGAGCUGAAGCACUUUGAGACCAAGGUAGAGAAGCACAGCCACUACCAGGAGCAGUUGGAGUUAUCCCACCAGAAGCUGAGACAUGUAGAAGCUCUAGGAGACAACGACCACAUCCUGAGAAACCAGGAGAGAUACAAUAACCUGGCAGAGAAGACCAGAGAGAUGGGAUACAAGAUGAAGAAGCACAUGCAGGAUUUAAACAGCAAGAUCUCCCGUCACGGACUCGACCGCAACGAACUGUAACGGAUUCCUCAGAUGGGACUCUGGGUGACAACAAGAAGGCUGUGUGUUUUCGACAUUAGUGGCUGUUUUCCUCCAAAACAAGACAUUUGAAAGUCUGCUUCGUGUUUUCUUGCCACCGUGCUUCAGAGUGGCGAUGCUGGUAUCAUGACAAGCCUACAAUCAACUGCUAAUCUGCCAUUAUGGAGUAUUGUGCGUAGGCCAGUGACAAAUGUACAUUUAAUCCGUUUUAAAUUCAGGCUGUAACAAAGCACUGUGUAUACCCAAUCAGAAUGUACUCGGAUGAAAAGUUACUGAAAGAAUGGGGCGGCAGGUGGCUUAGUGGGUAAGAGCGUUGUGCCAGUAACCGAAAGGUCGCUGGUUCUAAUCCCCGAGCCG